AUAACCUAUCUUUUUAAUUUAUUGUUCUUUGUUCUGUAUUAUUAUUAGCUUACUGAUUUUGUUUUUUGACUACUUUUUGAUUGAAAAUCUACUACAUAGAGUAUAUUUUAUGAGAAUUUUGAUUUCUGAUAACAAUGUUUUUUUCAAAUUCAAUCACUUUUUAGAGAAACCUUGUUCUAAAUUCAGUCAGAAUGAGAACACUAAUGUUUAGCAACUAUAUUUAUUUUUGGAUUCACAAACGCCACGACACAGUUUUCUAUCAUCUGAUGAUAGACUGAACUUUAUCCAACAAUACAACCUCAGAAAAAUAAUACAAUGUCAAAGUUCGCUUAUCUUCAGUCACUCAAGAGACUCGAGUAAUGAGUGAUCAUACUUUUCGAUGGUACGAUUUUGGAGCAGGAUGGUUUGCUGGCGUUUGUGGAUUAAUCGUUGGUCACCCACUUGACACAAUUAAGGUGAGACAACAGGCACACUGCAAGGGAUCAUGCGACAUAUUUGCAUCAAUUCUCAGAAGAGAUGGGGUGCUGGGGUUCUACAAAGGCAUGUUUAUGCCACUGGUCUCAGCUGGCGUCAUGAACUCUGUCUACUUUGGCUGCUACGGGAACUCGCUUCGCGCACUCGCCCACUACCGCGGUGAGCAUCCGAAACGGCACUGCUGUGACGUAGUGGAGGGGGAGGGUGGGAAGCUGUCCACUACUUACCGCUACUACCACUGGGAUGUGUUUCUGUCGGGCUGUGUGGCCGGCCUGGUCACCACCGUCGGACUUUGUCCUGUGGAGCUCAGCAAGAUUCAGCUCCAGACCCAGACUGGUAAAGUAAGCCAAGCGGACCAUUCCCGCAGGCCAGUUAUCUACUCUGGCACAUGGGAUUUUCUGCUGAAAACUUUCAAAGCUGGAGGAGUGAGGAAUCUAUUUGUUGGUCUUGUACCUAUGCUAGUUCGAGAUCCGCUAGCAUCUGGAUUGUACAUGUUAUUAUACGUGCGUGUACUAGAGUGUUUCCCUGAGAAAAGCAUGCUGGGUAUCCUGAUAGCAGGAGCUAAUGCAGGUAUAUGGUCUUGGGCUGUGGUGGUACCAGUAGAUGUGGUGAAAUCUAGGAUACAAGCGGACAACGCGCAAUCGCCCAAAUACAAGGGCAUGUGGGACUGUGUGAAGAAGAGCUACAAAGAAGAUGGAGCGAGAGUUUUUGUGCGAGGCUUUUGGGUGACCGUACUGCGCGCCAUGCCUGUCAAUGCAGCCGUCUUCUUCGGCUACGAAAUGUUCAUUGAUUUCUAUCUGAAAUAUGUUUCCAGGACUAAAGAGUAGGCUGUUUAAAUAGCAAAAUGUGGGGAAUUCAUUGAUUCUAACUGAAAUACUUCUUGUAAGGAGUAGAUUGUUGAAAUAGCAAACAUGAGGGAAAGUUAUUGAUUUCUAUCGGGAAUAUUUUUCGAUGACUGAGUGCUUUUCAGAGUGACAGUUUAAACUCAAUUCCAUUUCAAAUUGGAUUAAAUCCAUAUAAAGUCUCUUUUGUUAAAGAGUGGUUGAUUUUGAGUUUAGGCCACUAACUGAUUAAAGUCAGUUCAAGCUUUGACUGUGCAAACGGCCCUAAAGAAAUAGGCUGUUUAAUUAAAGGCGGAUUCCCACAUAUUACUUCCUAGUAAUAUUCCCACAUAGUAUCCUUUUUUACCAUAAAUUAAAAAAGUACCAUAUAAAAAAAGGUAAACAUAUGUAACAAUUGGAUACAAUACUUUUUAAUUUUUAUGUGAAUACAAGAAAGAAUACCCGAACAAGAAAGUUGAAUAUUGAAGAUGGCGUAUCCCACAUAUUAGUAUCAGAGUCAGUUACUGGUACAGUGAAAACAUGUUGAGACUAUACUACAGUUGGACUAUCUAUAAUUAUAGUGGGUCUAUUUCAAUGAAGUGAACUGUAAUGGGACUAUUCUCACUCAGUCCGGCCGUGCGAGUAUGCAUAGUCCCAUUAGAACCAUGGCAAUAAUAUUUUCACUGAACCAGACGUUCAUUGAUACUGAAAUAUCGGGAAUCCGCCUCAAUCCGCGCUUCCUUUACACCUGUAUCCCUACAUACCAUAAACCUUAGGCUAUAUUAUAUUCCCUGCCAUUCCCUCAGUAAGCUUCACAGCAAUAAAGCAUACAAUAACCCCCAAAAAACCAGAAAAGACAAUAAUAUUAUCCCCAGAAAAGACAACAGUUUCAACGAUAUAGUAUAAAUAUCAAAUAAUAUUAUAAUUGUUGUGAUUCUGUUUUCAUAAUAAUUUAUUAUGAUUUUAGCCAAAAGUGACUCUACUGUUUUCAUUGAUCAUUGUCAUCCUCAAAUAUACGCUUAUACAGUA